AUGCGAGAUCAAUGUGAUAAACCGUCCGGAGAACAGAGAUACGGACCAGGAAUUCAGAUGCUGUUUUUCAAAUUCGAUCCGGAAAAGGGUACCGAGUUCAAGGCUACGUUGCAUAUGGAUCCAGUCGCUGUGGGCCGGCUGUUUCGCUUCCCGAUAAGAGAAGAACUCGUAUCACAGCUUCCAUAA